GAAAUGCCUGGUACAUCCACAGCUGCUAUUCUUCCCAGCAACUCUUCUUCUAUGUGUCCAGCAAAAGAGAAGAAGCAAGAGGAGCAGCCUGAAGUUAUGCUGGAUGAAGAUGGCUGGCAGGUUUAUGAUCCAACGCAGUUCGAGUCAGUAACGACUACAGCUGCGAUUCCUGCAGUGGAGUUGAGCGACAUCGGACCUAUUUCCUCGUCUGUUUUUGAAGAAUUGCCAGCAAAUAUCAGAGCGGUACAAAUUUCCAUUUGA